AUCCAUCGAGGAGUGAAGGGGUUUGUUAAAGAUCUUCAGGGCAAUCCGAUAGCAAAUGCUACAAUUUCUGUGGAGGGGAUAAGCCAUGACAUUACAUCAGCCAAGGAUGGUGACUACUGGAGAUUGCUUGUACCUGGAAAUUACAAACUUACAGCCUCAGCACCAGGCUAUCUAGCAAUAACUAAAAAAGUGGCCGUGCCCUUUAGCCCUGCGGUUGUGGUUGAUUUUGAACUGGAAUCUUUGUCUGAAAGAAAAGAAGAGGAGAAAGAAGAGUUGAUGGAAUGGUGGAAGAUGAUGUCAGAAACACUAAAUUUUUAAAUUAAGCGUUUGGCUUUUCAGCUUUUAAUCUAUUAUAUGUUGACUUAGUAUAAUGUACUGUGUAAAGUCCCUCUAUUCUAGAUUUUGUGCACUUCACAAUAAUUAACUUUGAAUUUUUCAGUCAUCUUUUGAUUAAUAUGAUUACAAAUAACUGGUAUCCUCCUAGCUAGAUAAAUAAGUUAUUAAUUUUCUUUCAUAUUGUUAUAGAAAAUUUACUCUUAUAUACAAAUCUGAAUAAAAAAGAGUGAUUGUCUCUGCAGCUGGUAUGGAAGUACAAUCAGUAGUGUAUUAUUUGCAAAUUCAGAAUAUGUAGGUUAACUCUUGAUUUUUAUAAAAGAAAUAUGCUGUAGUCAAUUCCUAAUACUGCCAGAAAUACUUGACAGUGCAUAGUAGUAGACAGUGCUCUUUACUGAAUUCUAUAAUGGAUGUUAUUGAAAAGAAAUAAACUGAAAUAACAGUGUGUGGUGUAAUAAUAUUUUAUGAGGAUUAAAAUUCAGUAUAAUAUUUUCUGUGUCUCUGGUCUUGGGGCUAUUUAAAUAUGUAAGGAACAUAAGCUGACUUCAUUUUAGUAAGCAGAAGGAAUCUGUGUAAUCUCUUUUAUUAAAGAUGGCAUAGAAUGAA